CGCGGUGGAGUCUCAACCCUUUCAGGGGACUCCAUGUUUGUCCUGCGUUGAAAACAGACCUCCCACUCGCGAUGGGAACAGUCGACAGUGUGACACGACGGACGACAAAUGUGACAUUCUUCCGACAGAGAACGAAGGAAUGUCAACCAAGUAGGAGUUGCAGGUUGCCCAUGAAGAUGUGUCCAACUCAUCCACUACUUUGUUGGAGUCUGCUGAUUCUGUGGGCCUUUCAAAGCGAGACCACCAAAGGAGAGGUCUGCCAAGAUGAACUAUCAAUUGAUAAUCUCCAAGUGUCGAGUUUCUCAGAACAAAAGUAUGACAUUGUGAAUAUUGCCGAGGAUGACAACUUUCGCUGCUUCCUUUACCCAACAAAUCUUCUCAACUGCUCAUGGAACUUCCCCACUUCACUUCAGGAGGCUCAGCUCUCUAUUUAUAUCAGCAUUUGUGAUAAUAACAGCACAGUUCACUCCCUCAGUCUUAUAUCUGAAGAACAUUCUGGAUCAACUUCUGUUGUUCUGAGGGAAUAUGAGAAGUUGUAUGUCAUCAUGCGAUUCAAUGUGUCCCUGCACCGUAAAUGGGCUGUCUACAACUACGUAUACGACACAGAAAUGAUGGAGGUCUUGCCUCCACCUGGAAACGUUUCGGCUUCAGUCAAAGAUUCAGGCCUCGUGGUGACUUGGGACAUGCCCCGCGGUCGUGCUAACUACCAACCCUCAUGCUUUGAAUACCAGUUGGAUAUGGGACACCAGGAAGAAUCACCAAUCCAGAGAUGCGAUCUAUUUUAUACAAUCCCAAAUGCCAAUCCAGAGUCCACCUACAAUGUGAGGGUCAGAACCAGGAAAACGGAUGGUUGUUUUGGGCCAAAAUUAUGGAGUGAUUGGAGUAACACUGUUACAAUAGAACAGUCAUUUUACACACUCAACAUCACGGUGAUCGUCGCAAUUGCAGUCGGAAUACCGAUGAUCCUCCUGAGUUUGCUGCUGUUUGUCCGCAAUCAGAGGGUGACACAAGUUCUGUAUCCCACAAUUCCUCGUCCCCCAUUAAAGUACAAAUAUUUCCUGGAGGAAAAUAAUGUAUUCAAUUUUUAUCAUCUCACUCCAUCUGUGAAGUAUGAGGAGGAGAUCACAGUGGUGGAGGACACAGAGAAGCAGUUGAUGAAAUCAUUGUAACAAAGGGAUUAUUAUGACAUUGUCAUAAUUAAUCUUUCACAAUAAUAAAUCCUUUCAUCAAAAUCGGGGUUUUUACCAGGUGAGCUAUCCAGCUAGCUGGUGACCUUGAGAGGUUAGCGGGCUGUUAACAGCAAGCAGCUUUUGUGCUUCAGUAAUGCAAUCGCCAAAGACUUCACUUUAUUGACUUUUUGAUGUUUGACGACAACUGACGUAUAUAAAAUGUUUUAUAGUCAGGCGCAAAGGCACGCUAGUGUAAGAGUUGAAAUGCACAUUGUUGUGGUUAUUCAUACAUACACUGCGUAUAAUAAAGGCAUCAGGUCAAAUGUUGCAUCUGUAAUAAUAAAUUGGAUUGAAGAAAUGGAUUAAGACCGCUAAAGGGAUUUGAGGGCAUUGCAUAUUUGUUUACAUUUGGAUUGGAUUGGAUACAACUUUAUUGUCAAAUGUGCUGUUUGGCUAAAACAAGUCAGACUAGGAAUUUUGAAAUACUAUCCUGCACUGCCAAGGUCAAGUGGUUGGUGAAACUGCAGCCUGGGAUAUUAUUUGUCAAAAUGAUUUAAAGCUGCAACAUGUCCCUGUCGGCGGAUCACACCGUGAGAUUUUAUUUAUUUAUUUUUGGGUCCUGAUAUGAUUUUGUAAUUUGACACAAAUGACAGAACACCGGUGAUGGAUGUCCCUUUACUGCGUUAUACUCUUCUCAUUUUCAGUUUGUCCGCUUGAUGAACGCGCCGUUGGCCAACAACACUGCCUGAAUACACAUUGUAGAUGCAAGCAA